AGUGUGUUCCCGCUCUGACGUUGGUCGUGGACUACCCUGGUUUUUAUCAUGAUAGCCAGCAACAUUUCAAGGGUAUGCAAGAUCUUUGGGAAUGUGGUAUCCUCACUCAGUGGUACCAAAACCUAUGGAAUUGGAAAAAUGCAGAUACUUCGUCAUUCAUCACGAGUAACUCAUCCUAACCCAUGCAGCUAUCAGCAUCGUAGCCACACGUGUGGGCAGCUGCGGGCCUUGGAUGAUGGCAGAACUGUGACGUUAUGUGGAUGGCUGCAGUUCAAGAGAAUGGGCAAGUUCUUUACUCUGAGGGAUGGCUAUGGAGUCACACAGCUGUUCCUGCCAGAGCAGGACCCGGCUCUGGCGCAGAAGGUGGAGGCCCUGCCCCUGGAGUCGGUGCUGCAGGUGACUGGCGCCGUCCGCCGCCGGCCCGACGGGCAACAGAACCAGCAAAUGACUACUGGUGACGUCGAAGUCGUGGUUCAUGACGUCGCCAUCCUCAAUAAGCCGGAUAGGAAGCUGCCCUUCAACAUACGAUCAUUCAAUAAGGCCAAGGAGGCGCUGCGCCUGCAGUACCGCUACCUGGACCUGCGACACCCGGAGCUGCAGCACAACAUCCGUCUGCGGUCACAGAUGGUUAUGGACAUGCGGGAGUACUUGGCCAGGGACCACGGCUUCAUCGACGUGGAAACGCCCACCCUGUUCAAGAGGACGCCCGGGGGGGCGCAGGAGUUUGUGGUGCCCACGCGGACUGCAGGGCGCUUCUACAGUCUGGUGCAGUCACCGCAGCAGUUCAAGCAGCUGCUGGUGAUGGGCGGCCUGGACCGGUACUUCCAGAUAGCGCGUUGCUACAGGGACGAGGGCGCCCGGCCAGACCGACAGCCAGAGUUUACGCAGGUGGAUAUUGAGCUGGGUUUCACCACCCAGCUGGGUAUCCAGUCUCUGGUGGAGGGGCUGCUCCGGCGCUGUUGGCCUCUCGGUGACCUGGUGACCCCGUUCCCGCGCAUUACCUACGCGCAGGCCAUCGCGCAGUACGGCUCCGACAAGCCGGACCUUCGCUUCGGCUGGAAGCUGACGGACGUGACGAGCACGCUGAGGGCGUGUGGCUCGGAGCUGCUGGAGCGGGAGCUGGCCGCUCCAGGCGCCGCCGCCGUCGCACUGGUCGUGCCAGAUGGCAGCUGCCACUUCAGCCGCUCGCUGCGCGCCCAGCACGCGGUGCGCGCGCUCAUUGGUCGCCUGCGGGUGCAGAUGGCCGACCGACUGGAGGCGAGCGGGGUGGCAGUGCGCCAGGCCGGCCCCCACUUGGUCUGGGUGGUGGACUUCCCGCUGUUUGUGGAGGAGGAGGGCCGUCUGGUGUCGGCGCACCACCCGUUCACCAGGCCGCACCAGGAGGACGAGCACCUGGUGCACUCCAACCCCUCGGAGGCGCGCAGUCAGCACUUUGACCUGGUGCUGGAUGGCUGGGAGAUCGGCGGCGGCUCGAUGCGCAUUCACGAGCCCGCCCUCCAGCGGCACGUUCUGGAAACUGUACUUGGCGAGGACACCGCGCCGCUGCAGCACCUGCUGGACGCGCUGGCGAGCGGCGCCCCGCCGCACGGAGGCAUUGCGCUCGGAUUGGAUCGCUUGGUGGCGCUGGUGUGCGGCGCGCAAUCAAUUCGUGACGUCAUAGCCUUUCCGAAGACGUCCGACGGGCGGGACCUGAUGGCUGACGCGCCCAGCGACAUCUCUCGGGAAGAAUACGACCUUUAUCACCUGACCAAGCCAAGCUGAGAGACGCCGCCGGUG